AUGCAAAAGGCAAUGAAAAGCGCAGAAUAUAUAAAAGCUAAUAAUGACUGGUUAGAUGCCCAAGCCAACGCCAAAGCAGCCCAACUUAUAGGGUCAAUAAGGACAAAAAUACAAGCGGAUGAAGACAGUUCAAAUGAAGCUUUAAUGAAUGCUGACUUUAAGAACGCCUUCGAAGCUCUUCAUAGUAAGGUGAAACUAGUGAACGACUUCUCAUCUGGAAAGAAACUGAAGUCUGAAGGUUUCGACAAAGAGUUAAGAGAAGUAGCACAAAAUAUGACGAAAAUAACAGAUGCAGCAACGAGACAGGCAGUUCAAAGUGCCUAUGACGCCGUUAGAGCAACUGUUGUGGAAAGUCAAGAAAAAGAGUUACAACAGACCAAAACAGACCUAGUAAAUGCUUUCUUAAAAACGAAAAGUCAGGUAGGACAUUAUGCUGCAGAUGGAACAUAUGUGCCAGCUGGUGGAACUUAUAUACCAGCUGGUGGAACUUAUAUACUAGCUAGUGGAACUUAUAUACCACCAAACCCUCCAAGAGAAGCACCUGCACCAGGACUACCUAAAACAUUUACAUCGUCACAUGGACACAGACACAGGCAUGCACCAAAACCAACACAACAACCAACAGUUCAAAACACUGCACCACAACCAACAGUUCAAAACACUGCACCACAACCAACAGUUCAAAACACUGCACAGCAACCAACAGUUCAAAACACUGCACAGCAACAACCACAAACAGAGCAAGGAC